AAGCCGCGUUGAUUAUAGACGAACUGCCAGCCCAUGGAAAGAUUCUACAAAGAAAACAAACGUACCCGGAUGUAACUAUAAUUACAAAUAGUGCUGUUAAAGAAAUAUUUGACAACCUUUACCUCCCAAUCAUAUAUGAGACGAUAUAUCGGGGGUUCUCUCAUUUUAAUGAGGUGGAUGUAUUUCAAUUUCCAUAUGAUCGUGGUAGUUUUAACGUGGUUGAAGAAGUUGGUUAUUAA